CCGGGAGGCGGGGUCGGCAGCAGCGUGUCCGUUAAGCUUUCACUCUAAACCCCGCCCCCUCAUAGUCGCAGUUCUUGCCUACAUAACACACUCCUCAUUGCCGACUCCACCCCCAAAAUGACCAUUGCUUGGCAACCAAGAGGACGCUGGGAACGUCACCCAGCCAGUGCUAUCACCCUGGUAACGGUCGACUACAAAACGAAGGUGAAAGCGUUAUACAGUACUUACUGUACUUUCCUGUGUACACAGCUGCCCGUUGCAGCACCCAUAUAACAGAAUAGAGCCAUGGAGGAGUUGUGUGAUAAUGUUCUGGGAGUGAGAGUUUCCCCAUGCCUUCUUCAUUUCAUGGAUGUGUUUGUAGGGAAGACAUAUAAAGCCACUAUCACUGUACAAAACAUUAGCAAUAUAGUCAAAACAAUCAAACUACAUGGACCAAAAGAUCCCCAGUUUACACUAUCGGUACAAAACCCAGAGAAACCUGUAGCACCAGGUCUUCAAGUGACAGCAACUGUGGAAUAUCAUCCAACCAAUAAGGAAGACAUGCAUGACAAGUUACUUGUUCUGGUUGAUAAGGAUGUCAUUGAGGUCCCAUUACUAGGGUUCACUCCUUCUUGUUAUUUACAAAUUGAUCCUGAAGUUAAUUUUGGAAACAUCAUUUCAAACAACAAAGUGAUAUAUAAGGAGAUUAGCAUUAUGAACCAUGGUUCCUCUCCAGGUACUUUUAAAAUAAAAUACACUGGCGCCCUUCCAAUCACUAUAUCUCCCUGCAGCGGAGUAGUGGAGCCCAAAACAAAGACGUUAGUUAAAGUGGAUAUUUGUGCUGAUAUUCCAGCUGUCAUUGAGGAAACUGCUAAAGUUAAACUACAAGGUCAUGAGGAGAUUCUCUUGCAGAUUAAAGGAAAUAUAGUCAACCAGACCAUAGAAUUACUAGAUUUGUCUGGAAAAUCUUUAAAGUGCAUUCAUUUUGGACCUAUGUAUUUUGGAACAUCAAAGAUUAACAAAGCAGUGAUAUACAAUGAUAGUCCUGAGCCAGUGAGCUGGGUGUGUGUCCUAGAUGAUAAAGCACUUGGUUUUGAAAUGGGCACUAAUUUGCAGAACAUGGAUUACACGGACUGGACUGAUCGAACAGAUGUCGCUACUUUACUUUCCUGCCUACCUAAUCAAGGAGUUCUGUUACCUUUCCAGAAAACUACUGUCACUAUAUGCUUCUGUCCCAAGCAGUUACACGAAGACAUUAAAAUAAGUGAGAUUCCUCCUCAGCUGGACUAUUCUCUAUUUAUGAGGUUUGAACCAGUAGAUGGAAGCAAAGAUGCAUUCCUCCAAUUAGGUGCAGAUAGCAGAACGGAUAAUAAAGGGCAAAAGAAACGCCAUGUGGAAUUGGCUGUCACCGCCUCUGCUUUCCCUGUAACAUUAGCAUUCAGUCCAGGAACAAUAUACAAUUUUAAGGAAUGCUUGAUUGGUGAAAGAAUCGAUAUUCUUUGUUCACUAAAAAAUGAAUCUCAGUUCCUCCCCGUGGUGUAUAGCUUUCGCAAGAUUUCUCAUUUUCAUAUCUCUCCAGCUAACGGAAAGCUAGAACCAGGACAUUCCCAGGAUGUGAUGUUUUCAUUUAUACCACAUCAAGUAGGAACCUUUAAAGUGAAACAAGUGGUUGAUAUUUUGGGUUCCGUAUCAGAUGAUAAUUUGCUGCCUUUGAAAAUGAAAGCCUUUCAUCAAAAAAAGCUUAGUUUUAUAGCGGUCUGUAAACCUUCAACCAAAAAAAUUGUCAUGAAAGUUAACUCUGGCAUAACCCCUCUAGUUUCUAAUCCCACUGGACAGUUUGUCCAAGCAACAGCACAGGAGACAGCAAUGUUUACUGGAUCCACAAGCAUAGCCACUUUAAAUGCAGCUAAAACAAAAAUACAUGAUCACCAGCAUUCAAUUAGUGAAGACAAAGAUGUACUGAUGGCAUUUCCAAAUGAUCGAGCCGCAAGCAUACGACCAAGUGACCGCAAAACACAGUACAGGACUAUUUUCACCAAAACUGAGAGAUACAACUAUGUGGAUCCAGAUUAUGCACACACAGAAGAUGAAGAAAAGCUAAAACAAACUCACAAGGACUAUUAUGCUGAUUAUAUAAAAAGCAGGAGAGAAUGGCGUCUUAAAGAAGAAAAGGAUAGGGAAUUUCAUGAAGUAAACAAUGAUGUAGAUAUUGGUAUUACACCAGCAGCAGGCCUUCGGCCACCUAGUGUUUCAGUUGCUGAAUGCAUUUCCAAGCCACAGAAGACUAAAACUGUUCCAAUGAUUAAGGACGGCCUGCUGACUACUAGCAAGCUAGUUGCUGGUGUGUCUAGAUCUGUAACACGAGAAAUCCAUGAUGGUCUGAAUGCUAUUCCCUGCACUGCAACAGAGAAAGAAGACUGCAGCCUAAGUCUCACACCUCAGCAACUGUAUCAAGUAGUUAUUGGUCCUUCCACAAUAGACUUUGGAGACGUCUGUGUUCGUUCCACAUCUGUCAAAGAAAUGAAUGUCAUAAAUAGCCUGCACACGUACAUCUGGGUUCAGGUAGAAAUUGAUUGUGAUGAGCUGCAGCAAACAAGCCCACUUUCUCAUGUUGUACCACCGAUGUCAAAGACUGAGAUCCCUGUCGUCUUUGAAACAAAUUCAUUGGGAAAAUUUAAGAAGUCAAUUACCUACACUGUGAACAACAAACAUACUGGACACAUCCUAGUAACUGCAAAAGCAGUUCCCAUUGCCCUUGAGCUGUCAUGCCAUGAGCUGAUUCUGAAACCCAACAACUACUUCUUAGCCGAGACAGGAUUUAGAUCUUCCAUAAGAUUGUAUAAUCGCAGGAAUCACCCAGCUGAAUUUAGCUGGAAGCCAGUCAUAACUGAAAAGGGAAUUGCUUUUUCAAUACGUCCUGCAAAAGGCAUAGUGGAUGCUUAUGGAGACCUUGAGUGUGAAGUUGUUUGGCAUGCAGGAUUCAGCUCUCCAGACAUAGGGGAACUCAGUUUGUGUGUACAACAGCGAAGUACACAAAAGCUAAGAUGCAUUGCAGAGCUUGGAUCCACAAGUGUCCAGUUUACUGAACAAAGGGUUCUUUUCCAUCAUUCUUCACUUGGCCUAACAACCAUCAAGACUGCCAUUAUACAGAACACAGGAGUGAACCAUGCUUACUUCCAGGUUGUAGAUGUAAGCCCUUUGCCUGGUAUGACAAUUACACCAUCACAAGGUGUAGUGCCAAUUGGAGGGCAUGCCACUCUCAGAAUCUUCUUCACACCUAGAGCUCUUAUGAAAUUUGACACAAAGGUUGAGGUGUCAGUGCGCAAUUCAAAGACUCUAGAACUGAGAAUUGGAGGAUCGGUUGUCCCCCCAGAAGUAGACAUUUCUGUGAGCUCAUUUCUUUUUGCUGGCGUUUAUGUAAAUUCUACCCAGGCUAUACCAUUUUUUCUACAAAACAAAGGAGCAGCACGUGCAAAAGUUGAAUUUGAUCUUUCAAAAUAUCAGGACUUCUCUAUGAAGUUCAAGGAAGAAUCAGUAGUUGAAGUUGACCCACGAUAUCCUCAGCUAUAUACUGUGGAUUUAGAGGAGAAGGAGAGUUUGCAAUGUGCUCUUUACUUCAGUCCUAAGGAAGUGGCAGCAUAUGACUUUCAGCUUCCAGUAAACAUCAACUUGAGCAGUGGAUUAUCUGAUGCUGCUAGCUCUGUAGCUGUCACUCCAACCCUUUCAGAAAAGCAUAUUGUUGUUCCCAGGCCUCAGUCGGUGAAUGUCAUCACUCCUGCAUGUAAAGUGAAUGCCACUGUUUUACAACAACUGCUCAGAUUCUCCUCUACCAAGAUUACAUUUGAACUACCGGCUAAAAUGCUUGAUCUGGGCAUUGCAGAUGACUCUUUAUGCUCCCAGGCACUUGAACUAGGCAACAUAUCAAAGCAGUCCGUGACAUGGAGGUUAAAUCUUGAUCAGAUUGGGGAAACUACGAAGAGUGGAAUGUUUACAUUUAGUAAACACUCAGGGUUGCUCGCACCAGGGGAAAUCAGUAGGAUCACAGUUAAAUUCUGUCCUACUGAUCUUGGGAAUUAUGCUGCUGAGGUACCAGUAAUUGUGAAUGAUACUGACAGUCACUAUACGCUACUCAAUUUGUUGGGAAGCUGCAAGAAACCAGGGCUAACCUUUGACCCGCCACUCGUCUUCCUAACUCCUGUACCCUUGGAUACAGAAGUGCAAGCACUGGUUGAGAUCACUCCAACAGAUUUUUUGAGGCAAUCUACAUUGAAAGUUGAAAUUCCAGACAUAGUACUAGAUAACGGUGAUCGGGUAAAGGCGUUUUCUGUAUUUUUUCCCAAUGGACAAGCCGUAGCUAGCUCACAUCACACAAGUGAACAAGUAGUCUGCCAGAUCAGCUUUAAAUCUUCCAGUCCUGUAUCUUGCUCAGUUGACCUAUUAUUCACAGAUGAAGAUAAUAACCAGUUUCUCCUCCCAGUUACUGCAGUUGCUGAAAACUGUAUACUCUCUGUGUAUCCUUAUUUAGCAUAUCACUACACAGAUCAACAAGUCAUCUUAAGAAGUGGCCAUGAUGGAAGUAAUGGAAACAAUUGCAGCUCUGGAGAAGCUGUUCUACGGCCUUGCUACAUACCUGAAACACCUUCUCAGAGUACAUCCUCCAGUUCUCUUGGUAUUGGUGCUAUUACGAGCUCCACAUAUGAUGAAUCUGUCUCAGAAGAUGACAAUGUGCUGGAUAAUGAAAGACCGCAAAGUGGAGACAGAGAGAUUCAUUGUCAAAGAACAAAGGACAAAUUGGAGUUAUCAUUUUAUCCUGAAGAAGAUACAGAAGAAUGGAUAUUUUUUCAGAAAGUUCUAGUCACAGUUCAAACAUGGUUCAGCCUAUUUGGAUGGGCUAGUGGAUGUAACCCCAUUACGAUUCCUCACUCUCUGUGGAGUGGAGUAUGCAAAGUGGAGUUAUCAAAAUCUGAAAGAAAGGCACCAAAAACUGUAAAUCUUGGCAAGCAGACAAAAACCAUUUAUGACAUGCUGUUCUACCUGAGUGGACAGAUGCUGCCUGGAAUUACUGCAAGUCAGUCAUUGCCCUCUGAUCCCACAGAAAGAGUCCUACAGCUUCACUGGCAGCAUGUCACACUGCUCACUUUUCUCAAAAACCAAGGAGCAUCUCUCCCUCAUGUAAAACCAGAGUACCUUUUUGAACCAUUUGAUUAUGAGAGAUGGAUGCAAGUACAGGUUCAGGUUCAAGAGCUGCAGAAUUCUAGCAAGAAGAAUGCGGAUAUUGUGGAUAAUAAUUUGCUUCAUUUAAGUAAUCAUGCAUUUCAGUCUGUAAGCAAACGGGCUUGGACAGACAUACUGCUCCAGAUAUACAAGGUGUUCAUUCUGUCACGUGUUGCACAAAGAAAGAGUGCCCAUGACAGUGUAGUAGAUUGCAUGCCAAAAAUCAGUUCGGAGCCCUUAUCAAGCAACAUAUACUCACCAUCUGAGAGAAUUCUCCUUACCUGGCUGAAUGCUCAUUAUGAAAAGAUGAGAAAAGUUGUGUGGAUAAACUGUGAAAAAGCUGGGAGGGAACCAAGGAAUACGCAGAAAGGUGACAUCCCACCUACAAGAUGGAUAAUGAACUUUGAUAAAGACCUUUUAGAUGGGCUUGUUCUUGCAGCUCUGGUGGCAGCUAACUGUCCAUAUCUUAUUUCCACUCAUUUCAUAAGUAUGUACACUAACCCCGAGACGCCAGAGCAACAUCUGCACAACUGCCUGAUCCUUGUCAAUGCUUUCCGAGCAAUCAGUCUUAAUAUUGACAUACAGGCCACUGAUAUAUGUGAUCCGAAUCCAGUGAUGAUGCUAAUGCUGUGCGUGUUUUUGCAUGAAAACUUACCUCUUUAUGUGCCUAAAAAAACAAUUACAUUCAGUGGGUCACUUCACCAAACUGUUUCACGCCAGGUCCGUCUGAAAAAUCCAAGCAGCAAGCCACUAGUGUACAAUGCUAUAAUUGUAGGUCAAGAGUCAGCUGAUUUCUCAUUGUCUAAAGGAAACACAAUAACGAUUGCCCCAAAAAGCAAAGCGGAUCUUAUUGUGGACUAUAGGAGCCGUUUAUUGCACACUGCUGAAGCAACCUUGUUAUUGGUUUCAAAUAAUGUCUCUGGGAUAGGCGGAACCACAAUGGCUUUCUCUAUUCAAUCAAGACUUACUGAUAUAGUGCCCACCGUCCAGUUAAAGCAGGAAUCUCCAUGCUAUGAGUUAGAAAAGAUCACAUUGUUGGUUCAAAACCCUUACAAAAGUCAUGGAAAGUUUAGAGUGAUUUUAGUGGAAUCUACAAAGGAAUUAUCUUUCCCUGAUUACCAAGAUGAAAUUGUUAAACUAAAACAGGAACACAAUUGCAGUGACAGCUCUAUAGAACAUGAUCUUCACAUGAUUUCUGACACAAGUAAUGAAGGCCACCAGUCAACUUUACAACGUCAGUUUUUUUGUCCAUUAAAAUCUAUUGUCUUAAGAGAAGGCAUGUCUGCUAGCUUGCAAGUUAAUUUUCUCCCAUUUGAUCUUGGAAAACGCUACUGUACAGUUGUUUUCACCAAUGCAGAGAUCGGUGACUUUGUAAACUUGAUUGAGGGAGUUGGCAUUCCUCCAUUGCCUUCAGCUUUGAUUCCUGUGGAUAGUCCAAAUGUCAUCAGUAAUACAAUUCCAGGCAACACAGAAACAGAGAAAACAUGUUAUUUUAAAUGCAAAGAAAACCGUGUUCUAGCUGAAAAUCUAAAAAUCCCAUUGGCUAAUGAAGCACGAGAAAAAGCGCUGGCAAUUGCAGCCCAGAUGCAGAUGCCAUUUGUAGAGUAUGAACGUAGAAAAGUCACAGGAACACUGGAUAACAGCAGUCUCCAAGCGGCAUUCGCAUCAUCAAGAGUGCAAAGAGAGGAGGUUAAAACAUCAUUCAGCUCUUUCUCCUCGUUGUCCAAAAAGUUCCAUUCAAUAGAGUAUGAUGUGGAAAUUAGCAUGCCCGAGCAUUUUGAGAUUCCAAGGAAAGUUUGCAUUCCAGUAUCUGCAAAGAGUCGAUUCCCCACAAAAAGGAUUAUAAUGGAAGGAGGUCAGCUGAGUCCAGAACAAGAUAAAGCAAAUGGAGUUCCAUUGCCAGUGAAAUUUGUCCCUGGAAAACCUGGCCGUUAUUCCUGCAAGAUUUUGCUACGCUCCUCUCAUGAUGUACGACUUUAUAUAAUUGAGUGUGUCGUCAACCCAAGCAGCAUAGAAACAGUGUUUGGAUUUAUUACUCCAGCCUGUGAAGCACUGAUACAAGAUAUUCCAAUAAGUAACAUGACUCAGCAAGACUGGAAACUGAAAGCCAUUCUUCAGGGAGAUUGCUUCUAUGGCCCGCCAUUUUUGUGUAUCUCUGCAGGAGAAACUGGCAAAUAUGCUCUGAUGUUUAAACCAUUCUCUAAGUGUUGGAGCACAGGCAAACUAAUGCUUCAAAAUGAAACAGAUGGUACCGAACAUAUCUUUGGCCUCAAAGGCAUUGGCCAAGAACCCCUGGCUCUUGAUCAUAUCGUGAUAGAUUGCCAAGUGAGACAGAUUACAGAGAAAGUCCUUAUGGUACCCAAUUAUACUAACAACAGAUUGACUUUUAAGGUGGUGUCAGACAUUCCAUUUGUUGGUGGGCCCCAAACAUUAACUGUAAAACCUGGUACAUCAUCUCCAUAUACUCUGAGUCUAUCUCCAUUGAAACGUGGAGUGUUCCAAGGUGUAAUCUCAUUUGUUGUCGAAGGAGAACAAGAACAAUUUCAGUGCAGCAUCCCACCAGGUUCUACAGAUGGCAUUGAAGCUGCUGAAUUAGACGGAUUUCAAACUGCUGAUGUAGGGACAGCAGAUAUUAAAUCAGCUCCUUUCAAAAUUUGGUUUUCAGUGCAAAUUAAGAGUGAAGCUGCUCCACCAGAAAGAACCAUAGAUGUAUCCUGCCCUGUUUUAAAAUCAGUUGGUAUAAACAUUCCAAUUACUAAUCCUACAAAGGAUAUCCUCCAUUUUCAUGUACUGGUGAAUGGUGCUGGAAUUUCUGGGGACGAGAGUUUCAGUCUGCAGCCAAGAGAAACUUUCCCAUAUGUGGCGAGGUUUUCCCCAACUAAAACCGGGAUUUCUAAUGGGAGUGUCAUUUUCCAAUGUGAUGUCUUUGGAGAAUUCUGGUAUGAUUUACAGCUGACAUCAGAGAAACCAGCAGCUGUAACAAUUUCUGAAGUGCGCUGUGAACUUGGAAAAUGGGCUCGGCACUUUAUUCCACUAACUAAUCCUACAAUGGAAACUUACGAAUUGCACACAAUCAACAGUGACCCAGAACACUUCUUGGUGGAAGUGGACCACAGUAAGCCACUUUUGUUACCAGCAAAUACCACCACUAAAGUGCCAGUUCAGUUCUGCCCAUCUGCCCUUGGCAAAGGAAAUCAGAGAGCAUCCAUCACCUUUUUAAACCCACAGCUUGAAGAAUGGACAUUCCAUGUAUCUGGAGUAGGUCUCAUUCCCCAACCUAUGGAGCCAGCAAGCAUAAGUGCCAGUGUUGGAAGCCUUGUCUCCAUCAGUAUCACUUUUAAGAAUCCCACAAAUGAACGCAUUCUCAUUGAUGUUAUUCUAACCGACCAGGAACAGACCAUGCAUCGGCUUAGUGCAUCUGUUCUGCGCCACUCCAUCAAUACAGAGUCAGCAUUCUGUUUGCCCCUAAAGCAAACACAAGGAAUCCCCCUAGCUGCCAAGGAAAAACUGGAUAUCCCAAUAAUAUUUGCACCAGAUACUAUGAAACUUUAUGAAGCUUUGAUAGUUGUUCACAUGUUUAAAGCAAAUGGUGAGAACUGGGAUCAAGACCAUGUUGAAGAGUUAAGAACAGAAUUGAAAAGCAUAUCCAAGACAGAGGAUGGAGCUGUCUCAGGUAUACGAUGGAUUUACCCAAUUCACGGAAUCCCAGAAGCUCUGCAACCUAAAUCUGCUCCAGCUGUUGUGAGUUGCAAAGCACGAAGUCGGACUGAAGAGAGAGUAGAAGUGUUAUUAACUGGAGUUGUUCCUGGCCAGACUGCCAUGGCAAGAUCAAGUAAUGAUGUCAAAUUGGUGGAAAAGACUGCUCACAUACAAGAGGAAGUUCAAGUCAGCAAUGGUUUCAGCACUGCAGAAGAAUUUUUGUAUGAGAUUAGGUAUGAAUCUGAAGAAUCAAAAUCUCAGCUGGAACCAUCUGUGGGAAUUGAAAUAGUGAGAAAAGAACGUGAUACGACAUCUGGGAUUGUCACAUUGAUUUUCAACAUCAUUUUUGCACCCAACAAGUCAAUGAGACACUUUGCCACAUUAGUUGUACAGUGUGUGACUGGAGGAAUAUGGAAGUUUCCCAUACAGUUUGUUGCCACGGAACCAAAUGUGGAUGAUAUUAUUCAGAUUGAGGCUGUUGGCUUAAACAAAGAAUCUGUUGUUGGCUUCAGACUAACAAGCCAGACAAGGUGCCCAGAGCCAUUCAGCGCAUACUUUUUACCAGGCAGCGAUUUUGAUUUUUUUGUCUCCCCACAAUCUGGAGAGUUGCUUCCUUUUGGAACUGCCGGAACCCUGAUUACUGUUGGCUACAGACCUAAAAUGUAUAUCAAGAAACACAAAGCGACACUUGUAGUGCAGACAUCAACCAUGGAAUGGACCUAUGAAAUCAUUGGUCUUGCACCAAAGACCACUCCUCCAACAAAUGUAUCAUCCAGAAUAUGCUCCCUUGGUAUCAAGCAAGUGGCAACAGUUCAGCAACGCAAUUUUCUGCGAGAAAACCUAAAACUCACAACAACAGGAGUGUCCUCGCCAAUUAAGGGAGCUUCUUUGGUUUUAAGAACAAAAUAAAUACUUAGAUAUUUUUUAUACAUAUAUACCAUGAAACAAAAAGUUUAUACUAAUGAAAAUUAUUUCACAUUUAUAUUAAUAAAAAUUAUUUCAGA